CACCAAACCAAACUCUUGAAGUUGCUGUUUUUUGCCAGCCUUUUUUAUUUUUUUUUUUGAUGAUUUUUGAGUAAUUUGUUCACACGUAUUUCCUCUUUGAGGGUUUAACUCUACAGACUGGUAGCUGCACAUAUAAAUCAAUAAAUUGUAUAGGAAAAAGAAAUAUUUUGAUACUCAAAAACCCUUUGCUGAGAGAGGCCAUCUUUUUCAGUUUCAGACAUGAGUGGUGAAUUGCAAGAGAGGCUGCUUGGUCAAGAAACAGAGCAAAGGGCAAAUUUGAAGGUGAAAGUUUGUGAGGAAUCCAAGAAAAUAUGGAGAGUUGCUCUGCCCAGUGUGAUUUCUCGAGUCAGCUCUUUCGGUUGUGUCGUUAUCACACAGUCAUUUAUGGGGCACAUGAGCGCGGUUGAUCUUGCCGGUUUUGCCCUCGUCCAGACAUUAGGUGUUCGGUUCGUGAACGGAGUUUUGGAACAAAAAGGUGAACAUUCACUACAAUAUGCUUCGAAUUUGUCUCUAGCUAAACUUAGAAUGUCGAGUGCAACCGAAACCCUCUGUGGCCAGGCAUACGGAGCCAAACAAUACCAUAUGAUGGGAAUCUUCCUGCAACGUUCUUGGCUAGUCGACCUCGUUACACUAACCGUACUUCUACCUCUUUUCUUCCUGGGGACUCAAAUUUUCGAGCUGCUCGGUGAAGAAAAAGCCAUAGCCGAGUCAGCUGGCUACAUUUCCCUGUGGUUCAUCCCCUACUGCUAUGCCCUCGUUUUCAACCUCACGAUCCAAAUGUAUCUGCAGGCCCAGCAGAAGAACUUGAUAGUUGCUUACCUCUCGAUUACGCAGUUUGUGGUGCAAAUUCCUUUGUCGUGGGCUUUUGUGAAUCUUCUUGGAUGGGGUGUUACUGGGGCCAUGGGUUCACUUUGCAUCUCGGCUUGGCUUGUCGUGCUUGGCGAGUUUGUAUAUGUUUUUGGGGGUUGGUGUGAAGAUUCGUGGAAGGGUUUUAGGAGAGCGGCUUUGAAGGAUAUUUUUCCGGUAGUGAAGCUCUCGAUUUCUUCCGGUCUCAUGAUUUGCUUGGAGAUGUGGUACAACGCCAUUCUGGUCUUAGUAGCCGGUUACAUGAAAAAUGCCGAGGUUGCAAUAUCCGCUUUCUCUAUUUGCCUUAACAUACAUGGAUGGGAAUUCAUGAUAUGCUUAGGCAUUCUUGGCGCCGCAUGUGUUCGUGUAGCGAACGAGCUAGGACGAGGGGACGCAAAUGCUGUAAAAUUCUCGAUCAAUGUUCUUCUUACUACUUCUGUUGUGAUAGGGGUCUUUUUUUGGAUCCUUUGCUUAGUCUUCGGCAAUAAGCUCGGCUACUUAUUCACUGAUGAUGAGGCAGUCGUGGAAAGCGUAUCUGAUCUCUCGGUUCUGCUUGCUUUCUCGGUUUUGUUCAACAGCAUUUAUCCGAUUUUCUCGGGUUUUCUUCUUCUUCUUGAUUUUCUUUUCCGUGUGGCUGUUGGGGCCGGCAUGCAAGCAAUGGUUGCUGUUGUGAACAUUGUGUGUUACUAUGCGAUUGGGCUACCGGUUGGGCUUGUGCUCGGGUAUCUUGUCGGGCUCCAAGUAAAGGGCCUAUGGAUUGGGAUGCUUUCUGGUGUUAUCUGUGAGACCUUUGUGCUCAGCUUCAUAAUGUGGAGGAUUAACUGGGAUGAUGAGGAGCUGUCGUCUUCUUCACUAUCGGCGAUACUCCAACGAAUCCAGCACACUGGCCGACCACCAAGGCAUCGGGUUAUCUUCUACGGUUGGAAGACAGUUCGACCAACCCACCUUGGUUCUCCCGACCUUCGGACAACCAGCGAGGCGUCGAUUUUUUGUUCCCUCCGCCCCUCCGUCUCCGAUUUCGUCGCCGACCACCGGCGCGCUCGACUGAAAGAACCGGCGCCUCUCGUUGGCCGCUACUCGGAGGCCCCAUCAGCAAUUCCGUUUAAAACAGGAUCAGUUUCGUUGUUCUCGGCAUCUAAAACCAGAGAUAAAAUGAGCGAUCGGGAAAGGCUUAGAAUAUUGAUGGUGUCCGACUUUUUCUUCCCUAACUUUGGUGGCGUGGAGAAUCACAUCUAUUACCUAUCACAAUGCUUGAUGAAACUUGGCCACAAGGUUGUUGUCAUGACACACGCUUACAAUAAUCGUUCGGGGGUCAGGUACAUGACCGGUGGCUUGAAAGUCUACUACGUACCAUGGAAACCAUUUCUCAUGCAGAACACACUGCCCACAUUUUACGGGACACUUCCAAUCGUGAGAACAAUCAUAAUUCGAGAAAGGAUAUCAUUGGUGCACGGGCAUCAAGCCUUUUCAACUUUAUGCCAUGAGGCCUUAAUGCACGCGCGCACAAUGGGAUUCAAAGUCGUGUUUACCGAUCAUUCCCUUUAUGGUUUUGCUGAUGUGGGAAGUAUUCACAUGAACAAGGUCCUGCAGUUUACGCUGGCAGACGUGACCCAGGCCAUAUGCGUAUCACAUAUGAGCAAGGAAAACACAGUUCUUAGGUCUGGACUUCCACCUGAGAAAGUUUUUGUUAUUCCGAAUGCUGUGGACACGGCCAUGUUCAAGCCUGCUCGAGAGAGAAUUAGUGGUGAUGAGGUCGUUAUAGUUGUGAUAAGUCGGUUAGUUUACCGUAAAGGGGUGGAUCUUCUUGUUGAGGUCAUCCCUGAAGUGUGUCGAUUGCAUCCAGAUGUACGGUUUAUUAUUGGUGGAGAUGGGCCUAAGAAAGUGCGGUUGGAUGAGAUGAGGGAAAAGCAUUCUCUUCAAGACAAAGUUGAUAUGUUGGGUGCUGUGCCACAUGCUGAAGUUCAGUCGGUUUUGGUGAAGGGACACAUCUUCUUGAACAGUUCCUUAACAGAAGCAUUCUGUAUAGCCAUAUUGGAAGCUGCUAGUUGUGGGUUAUUAACCGUCAGCACCCGUGUUGGUGGUGUCCCUGAGGUUCUUCCAGAUGAUAUGAUUGUUCUUUCAGAGCCUGAUCCUAGUGACAUGGUGCUGGCAAUAAUGAAAGCAAUACGCUUGCUUCCCCAGAUUGAUCCACAGGCAAUGCACGAUCGUAUGAAAAAACUCUAUAGUUGGCAUGAUGUGGCCAAGAGGACAGAGAUUGUGUAUAACCGUGCUUUGAAGUGUUCCAAUCAGACUCUUGUUGAACGUCUGCCCAGGUACCUCACUUGCGGUGCUUGGGCAGGCAAGCUCUUUUGCUUGGUCAUGAUAGUCGAUUUCUUGUUCUGGCGUCUCUUGCAAUUCUUGAAGCCCGAUAGCGACAUCGAGGUUGUUCCGGAUAUUAGUCUCAGAAGUCCUCAAAAUAAGGAAGUGAAUGUGGAGGGCUUCGAGUUCGAGCGCGGAUGAUAAAUACCAAAUUUAUUAGAACACUGCUAAAGGAACUCGAGAAAAUUCAGAGGCUUCAUUCACUGCGCAUGGAUGAUAAUGGCAUAGAAGAGAGGCUGCUGCUAGUAAGCUCAAAUGCAGAUAAAAAAGCCACAGACUUGAAGGCAAGGAUUUAUGAAGAAUCCAAGAAAAUAUGGAAAGUUGCAACGCCGAGCGUCAUUUCGCGAGUGGCUUCUUUCGGAACCAUAGUCGUAACUCAAUCAUUUAUCGGGCACAUAAGCUCCGUGGACCUUGCUGCUUACGCCCUCGUCCAAGCUGCAGGUGUCCGUUUCGUGAAUGGCAUAUUGAUCGGGAUGUCGAGCGCAACCGAGACCCUAUGCGGCCAAGCGUACGGAGCCAAGCAAUACCACAUGAUGGGAAUCUAUCUUCAACGCUCCUGGUUCAUCGACUUCAUCACCCUUACAAUCCUUCUCCCACUCUUCCUAUACGCCGACCAGAUUUUCAACCUUCUCGGCGAACAACGCGAGAUUUCGAAAUCCGCUGGCUAUUUCUCUCUGUGGUUCAUACCAUUCGCGUACAGCCUCAUAUUCAGCCUGACCUUGCAAAUGUACCUUCAAGCCCAGCAGAAGAAUGCGGUCAUUGCCUGGCUGUCGGCCUUCCAGCUGGCAAUCCACGUGGCGCUCAGCUGGCUCUUUGUGAGCGUGCUCGGUUUUGGGGCGGCGGGGGCAAUGGGGGCUCUCUCGAUUGCCUCGUGGUUCGUGGUGUUUGGGGAGUUUGCUUACGUGUUUGGAGGGUGGUGCCGGGACACUUGGAAGGGGUUUACGAUGGCGGCCUUCCGAGACUUGGUGCCGGUCGUGAAGCUCUCGAUCUCAUCUGGGAUUAUGUUCUGCUUGGAAUUGUGGUACUUAGCAAUUCUGGUAUUACUAGCUGGGUACCUGAAAAAUGCUGAAACCGCCAUAUCCACCUUCUCCAUUUGCCUUAGUAUCAGUGGUUGGAUAAUGAUGAUCUUCUUUGGCCUCAUGGGCGCCGCAUGGUAAUGAAUUCUCUCAUGCAAGAGAAAAGUAAUAAAAUCAAAUUAUCCUCUCAUUUAAUUAUAUUUGUAAUUUGUUUGAUA